AUGGCUGAUGCCGGUGGCAUGUUAAAAACAACCUUACAAACGUUGGGCCUCACUGAGGUAAUAACUCCCCCUGGUCAGUUUCCGCACCCUAUUUAUGGCCCAGAUUUCCCUCAAGUGCAAUGGCAAAGACCUCCAGGUUAUCCUAUAUCCUCAGGUGCCUUUUCUGGGCCUUAUCCACCGUCAUUAAUCAACACAUCCCCGUUAACACGAUUUGGUCCACCCAGUCUUUUACCACCUCCAGGCUUACCGCAUCCAGGAAUACCCCAUCCAGCAAUUGUCACUGCAGGACCAAAACAGGAAGUGAUGUCACAUAGUCAAGAUAAUCAUCGAGAUGCCAUUUUUCCAGAAUUAGCCAGAAAUCCAGAAUUUUAUGAAUUCUGGAGAAAAUCAGCUUCAUAUUAUGGGCAUAGUUUGCAAGAACAGUCAAGUAGCCAUGCGAGUGAGGCUCAAACAGCUGGUGAUAAAAAGAAACCUCAUAUAAAGAAACCUUUAAAUGCAUUUAUGUUAUUUAUGAAAGAAAUGCGGCCAAAAGUAGUAGCAGAAUGUACAUUAAAAGAAUCUGCAGCAAUAAAUCAAAUUUUGGGGCGAAAGUGGCAUGCUUUAACUAAAGCAGAGCAGGCAAAAUAUUAUGACAUGGCUUGCAAAGAGAAAGACUUGCAUAUGCAGCUCUAUCCUGGCUGGAGUGCCCGCGAUAAUUAUGGCCGAUAUGCCAAAAAGAAAAUCAAACGAGGGAAGCAACAGUCUGAAGAUGCAGGUAUGAAUAAUGCUAAAGCCAGAUUACCAUGGUAUUUCAAUGAUGUUACCACAGAUUCUAUAACUGCUGAAGGAAGCUCUGGCGGGGAUUCAUAUCAGUGGGAAAGGACGAGGCCAUCUAUUAUUGAAUGCUCAAACCCAAAGAAAUGCAGAGCUAGAUUUGGUCUUGACCAACAGAAUCAGUGGUGUAAACCGUGCAGAUCAAUGCAUGAAAAGUGUGAUCAAACUGCUGAUUUAGAAACGAAAAUCUCCACGGAGACGAAAGAAGAAGUGUAUUAGAUUCCUGACUGGUGAAGAUGGAACAGCCAGCAACACUGAUGGGGAGGAUGGCAAUGAUGAUGUUAUGAGUGAUGGCAUCACCACAAUGACAACAACUGCAGAUUCUAUGAAUGAAAGUGACUGUAAUUUAGAGAGCCCUAACCUGU